AUUGUAGCUUCACGUUGAGUCAUUUUUUGCUAAAUCUCAAUAAAUAUGUAUUUUAAUCGUUAUUUAAGAAAAACUAGCUCAAAAUUACAUUAAAAAUAUUUUCUACCAAACACUUAAAGUUAUGAAUUAUAAUAUAAUAUUAACUUGAUUAUUAAACAUGAAAACAUAUUGUAUAAUAUUUCUAUAGAAAUGUAAUACAUUUAUUUGAACUGGAAUGUACAUUACAUUACAUACAUUACAAUUAUGAGUAAAGAAAAGUUUUCAGAUAGUGUAUCUGUGUUCAUUGAACUUCUUGAAGUAUCAAUACAUUGUAUACUUUAUGCAAGAAAAAUAUACCCUGAAGGUAUAUUUGAAUUAAAAAAAAAGUAUAAUGUUCCUGUACACAUAUCUAUUUAUCCAGAGUUAAAUAAUUAUAUUAAUAGUACAUUAAAUGCUGUGAAAAAUUUAUUAAAGGUAAAAAAAUUACGUCAAGUUGAUAUAUGCUUUUAUAAUAGAUUUGGAAAAGCCAUUGAACGAUUUGUGAUCAAUAUUCAUAAAAUAGAACUUGAACUAGAUUUUUCAGAUAUACAAAAUCUUAGAGAUCCAUAUUUAGUUAAAUUAGAACAAAUGUUGAGGGCACUAUGCUUAAAAUUAACUGUCUGUGAUUCCAUGUUAAAUCCAUUGCCUAGUGAAUGUACAUUUUUAAUUCACGUUCAUACAACUGAAACAGCUUCAAUUGAAGUUCAAAAACAUACAGAAGGUUUCCCUUUAAUACCUAGUGAAGAUAAAUUAACACAGUUAAAUUCACCAUCAAUUAUUCCAAUGCGUUCAAUAGAAUGUGAAUAUUUAAAGUUGGAAAUUUAUGUAGAAGAAGGCAUUAAAGAUGAGGACCCAGAUUUGUUUACACCUAGUCCAUUACUUUAAUAUAAUUUUUUAUAAAUAAAAAUCAUUAUGAUGUAUUUAAUAUUUGUAUAUAUAGAAUAUACUUGGUAUAUACUACAA